AUGUUUCGCAUGGAUAUUGUUUUGUUCGCUGUAGGGUUUAUGUUCAUGUUAAAUGUCAUUUCUGCCACUAGAUACGAAGCUAACUGGCAGUCUAUAGAUUCUAGACCAUUGCCGAGCUGGUUUGAUGAAGCAAAGAUAGGAAUUUUCUUGCACUGGGGAGUGUUCUCUGUACCAGCCACCUAUGAAUCUCCGUGGUUUUGGUAUUGGUGGAAAACCAAAACACCUUUGUUUGUGAAAUUCAUGAAAGAUUUCUACCCUCCAAAUUUUACUUAUGCUGACUUUGCCCCUCAAUUUCAAGCUGCAUUUUACAACCCUGACCAGUGGGCAGACAUUUUUGAAGCGGCAGGAGCAAGAUAUAUUGUUCUUGUCACAAAGCACCAUGAAGGCUUCACGCUAUGGCCCUCCAAGCAUUCCUGGAACUGGAACGCCAUGGAUGUUGGACCAAAUCGAGAUCUCCUAGGUGAUCUUGCCACAGCUGUAAGGAAGAAAAAGAAUAUGAGGUUUGGGGUGUACCAUUCUCUUUUUGAGUUCUACAAUCCAGAAUUUCUGAAUGAUCAAGCAAAUCAUUUCAAAACACAGGAUUUUGUUUGGGGGAAGACCAUGCCGGAACUGUUUGAAUUGGUCAAUAACUACCACCCUGAGGUGAUCUGGUCUGAUGGUCAUUGGAUGGCACCGGCAGAAUACUGGAACUCUACAAAAUUUCUUGCCUGGCUUUAUAAUGAAAGUCCUGUCAAGGAUACUGUGGUCGUAAAUGAUCGUUGGGGAAUCGGUACAGACUGUCACCAUGGUGGCUACUGGAACUGUAAGGACCAGUACAACCCAGGAAAGCCACUGCCUCAUAAAUGGGAGAAUGCGAUGACUUUGGACCGCAAGUGUUGGGGGAUACGUCGUGAGAUCAUGGCAGGAGACAUCUACACUGUUCUUGAGAUUGUAACGGUACUGGCUGAGACUGUUAGUUGUGGAGGAAACUUGCUGAUGAAUGUUCCACCAACAUCCGACGGUCGCAUCCUGCCACUGUUCGAGGAGAGGCUGAGAGAAUUUGGGGCAUGGAUGAAGAUCAAUGGAGAAGCCAUUUAUGCCUCAAAGCCAUGGCAUACACAAAAUGACACAAUUACCAAGAAUGUUUGGUACACAACCCAAAGGACAAGCAACACUACUGUUGUGUAUGCCAUUGUCCUUUCUUGGCCAGAAAACAACACACUUCAGUUAUCUGCUCCUGUUCCUAUGGCAACCACAGAAAUUCAGAUGCUUGGCUAUGCUGGUGGGAACUUCAAGUAUACAACAUAUGUCAAUAACACCCUUAGUAUUGUGUUCCCUGGUAUACCAUUCAACUGUCUGCCAUCCACAGAUGCUUGGGUCCUCAAGAUGACCAACUUAAAAAACCAAGCUGCCUCUCCGGAAUUUGAGCGUGUAGUGACACCACAACAGCUUGUGCCGAUUAACUUGGGAAAUCCACCCAGAACAUGAACAUCAACUUUUACUGUAUUUAUCUAACAAUAAGUCGGAAGUAAUGUGUUAUCACUGUUUCAGAGUUAUUUUGAACAAGUUAGCCUUGCAUCUUUAACAUUUAUUGAUGUCUUAUUCUGUUAAGUUGAAAAGAAACUCUAUCACAUUUUCAUCUCUACCUUUUAGUUUGAAGGGCAAAAAAGACAUGGAAGUGAAAUUUUUGUUGCAUUUACAUCCUUUGUCAAGAUAUAUUAGGAUUGCAUAAUAAAACUAUAAGUUAUUUUACAAUUAUUCUUAUAUACAUACCCCCUUAUCCAUAUCAUUUUUAC